UCGACAGAAAAGACCGAGAGCUUUCACAGGAGGUGGAGUCCGCUGUGCUUCAACUCCCGUCUGCUGCAAUGUUAACUCAGAGCUGAAACUCCAAAUCUGCUGGCUCUGAUACAUGACAGCAUACACCAGUCAUGGAUUUCAACAAAUUAGUAACCUUAUGGAUAUCUUGCUUGUGUCUCAUUGGAGAAAGUUGGAGUGACAAACCAAGUUCACCUACACCAGACAGCCACACUGUUGAAAAUGGAGUAUCAGACUUUUGUCGCAUCGAUGAGCCACUAUGCAAGGAUGGAAAUGCCAUUCUCAGCUACGAGGCGAUCCGUAGUAUCCACAAGCAGAUGGAUGAUGACGCAAACGGCAACGUUGACGUGGUAGAGACAGACGGCUUCCUGAGAGAAGAUCUAAACUACCAUGACCCCAAGGCCAAACAUAACAGCUUCCACGGGGAUGACCAGUUCAUCAGUGUGGAGGACUUGUGGAACGCAUGGAAAGGCUCUGAAGUAUAUAAUUGGACAGUGGAUGAGGUGGUGGAAUGGCUCAUCACCUAUGUGGAACUGCCUCAGUAUGUGGAUGCAUUUCGCAAGAUGAACUUCAGUGGAAGUGCCAUGUCAAGGCUCGCUGUAAAGAACACCACUCUGACACUCUCUAUUCUGAAAAUCCUGGAUCGCAGCCACGUGCAAAAGUUGCAGCUCAAGGCUUUGGACACUGUGCUGUUUGGAGCGCCCCUGAUGAACAGACAUAACCACUUGAAGGACUUCAUGUUGGUUGUGUCAAUAGUCAUUGGAAUGGGUGGCUGCUGGUUUGCCUACAUCCAGAACCGCUACUCCAAAGACCACAUGAAGAAGAUGAUGAAAGACCUGGAAGGCCUGCAGAGAGCAGAGCAGAGUCUGCAUGACCUACAACAGAAGCUGCAGAUCGCCCAGGAGGAGCACCGCACAGUAGAGGUGGAGAAGGUGAACCUGGAGCAGAAGCUGAGGGAUGAGAUCAACGCAGCCAAGCAGGAGGCCCAGCGACUAAGGGAGCUGCGUGAGGGCACAGAGAAUGAACUCAGUCGGCAAAAGUAUGCCGAAGAAGAGCUGGAACAGGUUCGCAUGGCACUGAAGAAAGCAGAGAAGGAACUGGAGUCACGGAGCAGUUGGUCACCACCAGAGUCUCUCCAGAAGUGGCUGCAGCUCACACAUGAGGUGGAGGUGCAGUACUACAACAUCAAGAAGCAAAAUGCUGAACGGCAGCUCCUGGUGGCCAAAGAAGGGGCGGAGAAGAUCAAGAAAAAGAGGAACACUCUCUUUGGGACUUUCCAUGUGGCUCACAGCUCCUCCCUGGAUGAUGUGGACCACAAAAUUCUGGCAGCAAAACAAGCCCUGGGCGAGGUGACCGCUGCUCUGCGAGAGAGGCUGCAUCGCUGGCAGCAGAUAGAGAUCCUCACAGGUUUUACCAUCGUCAACAACCCAGGCCUUCCUUCUCUGGCCUCAUCCCUCAACCUCGACCCCACCUUCAUGGGCGGCAGAGCUGCAACACCUCAGCACUUCAUCAUGUCCGACGACAUGGACGACAUGGAUGAGGACAUCAUGCCUGGAACUCUGCAAUAUGGCACCCGACUGUUGGAACGACGAGCCAGUGACCUGUGGUCCGUCUGUUCAGACUAUCAACCCAUGUGGAAAUAUCCUGCUCCCAGUAUGAUGUCCCUGCGCCAACGCCACAUUGACCCUCAGCUGGCCAUGGGCUCCCAGAGGUUGGUAGAGAGUUGCCCCUUGGCAGGGCAGCAGGGAGAGGGAACCCCAUACCCAUCCAGAUCUAGGGCUAUCUUCAGAGAGUCGCGCAGCCACUCAUUUGGGCAUCUCGAGAGUCUCCCUCAGCCUUCUUUGUCCUCUGCUGUGUCUCACCCCUCCAUCAUGUUUACCUCAAACCCAAAUCCUCAGUCCCUGUCUUCGUUGUCCUCUUCCUCCUCCUGCUUACCUAGCUCUGUGGGUGGCACUCUAGGCCCUCAUUCCUCCCAUAUAUAUCACACUACUUUCCAGCCCAUGGACCCCAUUCCUGAUUUCACCUUCUCAGAUGUCUCCAAAGACUUAUGCAGCGGCAGCUUCGGGGACCUAAAUCGCUCUGACUCCGACUCUUCCCUGUCCCUCUCCCAAGUUGGUGAUCGGCUAUCUGCUUACAGCUCCAAAGGCCACCUAAUCAAGCCCACCUCUCUCAUGCACGGCCUGUCCGGCCGCGCUGAUGACACCGUCUCACUGCAUGCUCACACUCCAAAUGGAGGGAACCGCGUUCAUGAAGGCGGUCUUGCAGAGCCUGUCCCCGAAAGCCCCAUACUCAUGAAGAAGGUGUACGGCAUGGAGAAGACACCUAGCAUGGGAGAGAUGAACAGCCUGUCAGAGUCGUCACGCUCCCUCAGCCCCAACUCCACUGAACCUGACACACCGUCACCUACAGGGGGUCAACCAGGCGCCGGGGGGGCAAAGGGCAACACCCGCAUCCCACAGCUGUCCUCGAAGAAGAGUCCACUGGAGGAGGACAGUGGCUCAACAGGAGAAGACACAGAUUCCACUGCCAGCCGCAAGAAACACACCUUCAAGAUCUUCAAGAAACAGAGGAAAUAAGGGCUAUAUGAACUAUCAAAUCUGUUUGACUGUAUUCCUCUGGUCUGUUUUUGAAACAAAAAAGUCUUUUUGGGGGGGUUCUUUAAAGGUCUAAUGAUGGCACAAUUUGUUGCCGUUGCAUCUUUUUGUAGGUACGAUGCCUACUCUUAGAAACUGUGGGAGCAACCAGCUUUUCAGUUUUAUCUGCUUAUUCGGUCAAUCUUGAAUAUGUGGGGAAUGGGUAGGUUUGUAUAUUGGAAUGUAAAGUAUUAUUUAUUCUGCAGGAAAAUUGUGCCAGUCUCAAAGGGAAAUGUGUCUCCCAGUUGGUUUUUCUUUCUUGUUCUACAAUCUAUAACAUUUUGCAUGUCUUCACUUUUGUUUGACUGAUACUCUAAUGCUCUUAGUGUUUGCUUGGUUCUUGUUGUUAACCUGCUUAGACAACAACUUGAUGUUUCUUUUAUUACUACUUAGCCACUUGCCUACAAAUCCAAAGUGAAUGCGCACUCCUUUUUGUUUUUUUCACUGACUGCAUCGUUUAUAUCGGUGGUGACAAGUUUUUCUGUCUUUUUUGUCGUAUUUGCCUCAGCAAAGCAAAUGGCACAUUUUGGGAUCCAUAAAAAGACAAGCAGGAGUAAGCUAGGACCAGAAAGACAGUGACUAGUUUUUAUUUCUUAAAAAUUGUGAUUUUGGGCACAGUAUAUACUGGGUGAGAUUUAUUCAGACUCCCCAGAAGUAAAGAGGAGAAAAAAAACUUUUAAAAAAAGUUAAAUUUGCACCCUUUCGAGCAUAUCCAACAUCUGAAUGAAAUCAUCUUGUAGACAAAGGGAGUUGAACAAGAAGGAAAUCUUCCUGCAAAGUUACAAAUGGACCAUCAAAUUGCAACAUUAGACCUUCUGCUUUGUCUUUAGUAUCUACGAUUGAGUGCAUGUGUGCAUGGGAGUGUGAGAGAGAGAGAAGUGCUUUGCUUAAAUUUCCAGCUAUGAAACAAACUUAACCACUGAUUCAUUUUUAGAUUUACGUAUCCCGUUAUCCUCACCAGAACAGGGGAUGAACAAGUGCUAAAAUGUUCGGCUUAGAUGUACGGUAGAUACUUUCUCAUCACAGGGCAGAAAUGUUACCAAAAAUAUCACUUCCAAAACAAUAAAUGUUACAAAACUCAAAAUACCCGACUCAGAGACUUGUAUCUGGGUACAUUUAAAACAACUUAACACAAUACGUUUAAGUUGUAAUAUUAAAGAUUUUUUGAUUUUUUUGAUUUUGAUUUUGACAAUCAUCCCCUCACAAGAUAAAGGGGAUCCAAUGUUUUACACUGAUUGUUAAUCAGUGAAAAGGGUGUGAGUGCAGCUUGGAUUUCGACUGCAGGCUUCUUUUUGAAUUUCUGUUUUAUUGUUUCUGUUUUAAUUAUUAUGUAGUUGGUCGAUGAAAACUUCACAGCAACUACAAUCUGUCAGCAAGGAAUGGGUGCUGGAAAGGGCUAUAGUUACACAGCAAAAUCAUUUGCUCGGUGUAAAAAAUAAUUUUUAAAAAUAACCAAUUUGUAAAUUAGCUUUUAUGGAAGAUUUAGAUCAAUAAGUUGUGAAAGCAGAAGACCAAGAAUCACUUCAAAGUGCCAAAUCACUAUUACUGUCAGAGGCCUUUGUAUUGGUAGUGUGUUCGGCCCUUUGAGACCCUUUUACACAGAACACAAACCCACCAAGAUAUAUACAGUAUAUACAGUACUGUAUGUCUUGAGCUUAAAUCCUGAAUGUCAAAGGGGUAUUGUGUCUGUAACAAGUAUUGUCUAAAGUAUGUUUUAUUUAUCUUAUUUAUUUGUUGGUUUAUUUAACAGGGACAGUGCAGAAUAAUAAAUGUCACUGUAAAUGCAGCAAAAUUAGCCAAGAGGCUAUUUUUCAUAUGUAGUCCCUGCACGGAUGUUACAGAGUAACCCUAAAACAGAAUAUAAGAUUCAAGUUACAAAGUUGUCUAAAAAGUUAUCCUAUGUUUACAUUUGUUGCAGAUAAGUACUGUCCUCAGAUUAUCACAACAAAGAACAUUGUGCCAGUUUAACUAUACUGAUUACUUUGUAUGAGCACAGAACUAUGCAUCAGUAGUUGUAGAAGAUAAAGUAGUAGGAAUGGUACACUUAGGGUGCUCCUGAUUAAUAAACAACCAAAAAGUGCUGCAAGAGACACAGCCGGCCUCCCCCAUCCUCAUAAUGUAACAGGUGGUUUGGAUGUAUAAGACAUGUUUAAAUAUUUAGUUUAGAAACCAGCUACAAAAAAAAAAAAACUCAAUUUCCUACUGGUACUUUUUUAAAGUGUCAUUUGUACUCUUUUUGCACGACAGCUGUAAAUGGACUAUUCCAUCUGAGUGUGUGCGUGUGUGUGUGUAUGUAUGUGUCUGUCUGCUCCCAGUAUAAUGCACUGUAAUGUUGAUGCAUGUCAACUGCUGUAACAAAACCUAUAUUGGGUUAGAAGAGUGGAUCAGCUUAAGCAUUUGACUCCCAACCCUACUUUUCUUUUUCUUCAUUUUGAGCUUCUAUUUAUGAAUACAUACAGUAUAUUUGUACAGAGAAAAUGAUAAUUUUGCAUCUUCUGUGAUGGUCUAGACUUUUAUGGCACUCCUGCAUGAUAGCAAUAAACUAUUUUGAAUGAA